AAACCAAAAACAUUGAUAUCACUCACUCACAACAUAUGACCGUUACACGAACUCAACGUUCCAAAACUCACAAAUUUUAAAAAUUCAUUCAUUUUGGGACCCACUAAACCCUUUCAUCUUUCUCUACUAGUUUACCGUUAAACCUCACAUAUUCACUGAACCAUAGCUCUUAAAAAAAUCAACAAGAAACACUCUGAAAUAGUCAAUUUCUUCUUUGUAUUAAUCAAUCUUUAACAGCUUUGUGUCAACUUUGAUAUAUUACUCAUACAUUUUAUUCUUGACUCGCUCUACUCAACUUUCUUGAAAAUUGUCUUAGCUUUCUAUAAUUUCUAAAUUUUCAAGAAUUGGGGUUGUCUUGAUGUAUUUUUUUCUUGAAAUUUAUGAAAGAUCUUAACUUUCUGUAAUUUCUAAAAUUUCAAGAAUUUGAGUGAAUUGGGGUUGUCUUGAUAUUUUUGUUUCUUGAAAAAUUCUUAGCUUUCUAUAAUUUCUAUAUUUUCAAGAAUUUGAGUGAAUUGGGGUUAUCUUGAUGUUAUUUUCUUCAAAAAUUCUAAAAGGUCUUAGCUUUCUGUAAUUUCCAAAAUUUCAAGAAUUUGAGUGAAUUGGGGUUGUAGAAAAAUUUCAAGAUUAUUAUGGCAGCAUUAGCACCAGGGAUUUUGUUGAAGUUACUAAAUGGGAUGAAAUCAGGUCUAAAGCCAACAAGUGAACAUAGGAGUUCACUUUUACAGGUUACUGAUAUUGUUCCUGCAGAUCUUGAUGAGAAAAAUCUAUGGCCAAAACAUGGAUUUUUCAUCAAAGUUUCAGAUUCUUCACAUUCCAUUUAUGUAAGUCUUCCAUAUGAACAAGAUGAUUUAGUACUAAGCAACAAAAUGCAGCUAGGACAGUUCAUUUAUGUUGAUAAAUUAGAGCCUGGUUCGCCUGUUCCUAUCGUUAAAGGCGCGAAACCACUCCCUGGUAGGCAUCCUCUUGUUGGAACUCCAGAACCAUUAAUGGGGUUGAGAGAAAAAGGCGAAAAAGUUGAACAAAAAAACAAUCAGAAUAUGUCAGCUCCACCAAGAAGGGGUUCUUGGGGAAUAGGUGGAGGAGGAGAAUUUGUUGCUUCAUCUCCUCAAGUUUUGAAGCCUGUUCCUAUUGAUUUCGAUCAAUGUACACCGAUAAAAGAGAAGUCUAGUGCUGUGAAAUUCGCGCGAGUUAUCCCAAUGUCACCUGUUAUUCGCGGAAAAUUAGGGUCAUCAGCUGGUGGCGCGUUGUUGGGUAAAUUGAUGGAGGCUAAAAGGGAAAGUCCUUCUAUGGUGAGAAAAAGUUGUGCGACACCUAGUAUGAUGAAGUUUCCUAGGAGCAGAAGUGUAACAGAUCGCGAUCGAGAACAAAGAAUUGUCAAUUCACCUUUAAACUCAAGUACACAAGAAAAGAAAAGUUCAACUCCACCACCAAGUUUAAGGAGUGCAAGAAUGGCAGCUUCUCCAACAGUAGGUAGAGAGUCUCAAAGAGUUACCAAUUCGAAAAAGUCUUCUCAGGAACAGCAACAACAAUCUCAGCCUAUUGAUUCAACACAUGACAAUACCAGUCUGACUGUAAAUUUGCCUGGAAAACUUAGUAUCUUGGGAAAGGAAGCUGUACAGCAAAGGGAAAAUGCACAGAAAAUUGCUCUUCAAGCACUGAGGGAUGCAUCAGCUACAGAAAAUCUCGUGCGGUCUUUGAAGAUGUUUUCGAACUUGAGUAGAGCUGCAAAACCGGAUGCACCAGCAGCCUGUUUCGAUAAAUUUCUCGAGUUUCAUGAACAAAUCGCGCAAGCUGUAGCGGAAAUGGUAUCAAUUCAAGCAGCAACAGCUUCAAACGAAACGUCACAAAAUGCUGAACAAGAGAAUGGCGGGGGCCCUAUUUUACACGAAAUAGUGCAGAAUUCACUUGAGGAAUCACGGGACAAUGAAUCUAAUUCAUCAAAAAGGAGAGCUGCACUUUACAAAUCCAUUGCAGUAUUUCCUGAGAGGACUGAUCAAAAGUCAAUUCUUGGAAAGCAUUUGAGAUCAUCAACCAAGGAGAGAAAAGGAGCUGCAUUGAAUACUAACGUAAAUGAGAACGAUGAGAACAAGAAACCAGCUUCGUCUUCGAUUAGCAGCAGCAUUUCCAAUACAAUCAAAUUAGGAAAGCAAAUUGAGAGUGAAUCAGGAAGUUGGUUUAUGGAUUUUCUUGAAAAGGCACUGGAGAAAGGGCUGAAAAAGGCUAAAGGAAAAGCGGAACCAGAUGCUUCUGGCAAAGUCCCUCAAUCACUCUUGCUUAAAGUGAUUAAUUGGGUAGAAGUGGAACAGUUUGAUUCGAAUAAACGUCCUAUUCAUCCUAAAGCAGGACAAGUUGCCAGAAAGUUGAGGAUCAAGGUGAAGAAUCCCUGAGGAAAAGGAGCGUUUAAGAAACUGAGAUUUUUAUUGUAUUGUAUCAAAUAUUCUUUGAUAAGUUUGUGGAGACUCUUGUUUUAUUUUUGUGUUUGGUUUCCACCCCUUUCUGUCAUUUGGUAAAAUUACUAUAGUUGUAAACUGCAGUACUAUAUGAUGAUAUGUGUUUAUUGAUUCAGAAAUUUAUUGCUAUAGAAUAAGGUUUUCUGUUACAUGAAAAAUGCUGUUCUAUUAUUGUUCGCAUUCCUGUUAUAUAUGAGGGAGCUGUUUCAAUAGUUGACAAUUGCAGUGAA